GCUGCUUUUCUCCUGCUUCAUGCUCGAGGGCAUCAUCUGGGGUUUCGGCUCCUCAUAUGGCAUCUUUCAGGAAUACUACAGCACACAUGAGCCUUUCGCCGGAUCAUCCAACAUUGCCGUUGUGGGCGCUUGCGCAAUGGGCAUCAUGUACAUGUGGAUCAUUCCAAUGUUCGUACUUUUGAAGAUCUACCCUAGACUGCGCACAUGGGCAGCUCCAGUCGGCCUGACCAUCAUGUGUCUGUCUCUCGGCCUGGGAUCCCUUGCAACCAACGUGACGCAUCUGAUCAUCAGCCAAGGAAUCAUGUAUGCAAUUGGUGGGGGUCUUGCCUGGACGCCCAUCCUCUUUUAUAUCGAAGAGUGGUGGGUUCUCCGUCGAGGCUUUGCAUACGGCGCCACCAUGGCGGGGCUCGGUCUCUCAGGGGCAAUCAUGCCCGUCGUCCUCCAGUGGCUGCUGGAUAGCUAUGGCUUCAGAACAACGCUACGUGUAUGUGCGUUAUCGGUCGUUGCCCUGAAUCUUCCGAUCUUGUUCUUCUUCAAGCCUCGGCUCCCCUUAUCGCAGACAACGCAGUCUCGGGAUUUUGAUCUGUCAUUUUGGACAUGUUCAAACUUCCUGAUCUUCCAGUCGGGCAACAUACUCCAAGGCCUAGGAUACUUCCUCCCGGCCAUCUACCUGCCGACUUUUGCACGAUCUUUGGGGGCAUCGAAUCUCCAAAGCACCGCCACAAUCAUUUUAUUGAAUGGCUCCGCUUGCAUAGGGUCUUUCUGCAUGGGUGCUGCGGUAGAUCGAUUCGCUGUCGUCAACUGCAUCGGAAUCACAGCACUUGGCUCUACAAUUACCGUAUUUCUGCUGUGGGGUCUAUCUACUUCUCUCGCGCCUCUAUAUGUAUUCUGCCUGCUCUACGGAGCAUUCGCAGGCAGUAAUUCGUCGAGCUGGAGCGCCAUCAUGCGAGAUACGAAGGAGAAGCGCAGAGGAGCUGACACCGGCAUGAUAUUUGCCUGUCUGUCAGCAGGAAAAGGCGUUGCAAACUUAUGCAGCGGCCCGUUAUCAGAAGCCCUAUUGCGCGCGGGCUCGUGGAGAGCCGGAUUCGCAUAUGGAAGUGGAUAUGGUGCGCUCAUCGCUUUUACCGGCGCCACAGCGUUGCUCUCUGGGUGGAGCUACGCUGCUAAGAAGAUUGGCUGGUUUUGAGACAUACUCAUAGUCGCUUUCGUAUUGCUUCCGGUGUCGAUCUUGAAUCUGACAGCUCUGUAAGCUGAACGAUCCCGAAGCUUUCCUCGUGUUGCAUACGGGCGUCGGGAGCAAUAUUCGCGACCGCGCAGGUACGCGCAACAGUCGACGCCACAAACGCACAACAUGUAAAGGUAGCCCGUCAUCCACCCACAGUCGCUGAACUUAUCGCAUCGCUCAAGCACUGUCCGCGACGAUUCUGGGAUUCUCCCUCGCAAGAAAAGAGCCAGCGUUUAGUUUGGUGUUGUAUUAGAGCCGCGGCAUAACUUCCGAGGUGGGCGCAACACUGUACAGCGGCUACAUGACCUCUUAGAUCGUUUUUCCAUCAAAGGAAGGU